ACGGAGACGCCGAAGGUGGCCUUCACGAGCGACGGCGGCGUCGCCCUGCAGCGGGGCCUCAGCGCCGCGGGCGUCGCGUCGCGCGCGCCCGAGACCGUCGGCGCGCUCGUCGACCGGCUCGAGGACAACGCGAGCGAGGCGCUCGCCUGGGAGGACGGCGGCAACUGGCGGUCCUUCACCUGGGCCGAGUACGUGGCCCAGGUGCGCGCCGCGGCGCGGGCCAUGAUCGCGCUCGGCCUCGCGCCGACGCAGGGCGUCGGCAUCGUCGGCUUCAACUCCAAGGAGUGGCUCAUCGCGGACCUCGGCGCCGUGCUCGCCGGCGGCUUCGCGAGCGGCAUCUACUCGACGAACGGGCCCGACGCCGUCCAGUACGUCCUCGAGCACUCGCGCGCGGCGCUCGUCGUCGUCGAGGGCAAGGGCCAGCUCGACAAGGUCCGGAGCGUCGCCGGCGCGCUGCCGGGGCUCAAGGCCGCGGUCGUCUGGGGCGACGCGGGGUCGGAUUUGAGUGCCUUGGGCCCGUCGGCGCCCGUGCUCGCCUGGGACGCCUUCCUCGCGUCCGCGCCGGCCGACGGCGGCCCGCUCGCGGCCCGCGUCGCCGCGCAGGAGAGCGGCCACUGCUGCACGCUGAUAUACACUUCUGGCACGACGGGCCGGCCCAAGGCCGUCAUGAUCAGCCACGACAACGUGACCUGGGUCGUCGCGUCCUUCGCGGAGUUCGUGCGCUUCGGGAAAGCGCCGGGCGGCCGCGAGCGCCUCGUGUCGUACCUGCCGCUGUCGCACAUCGCGGCCCAGGCCAUCGACAUCUACGCGGGCCUGGUCACCGUGGGCCGGUCCGUCGGCUGCGGGCCCGUGGUCAACGCCGCGACGCUCUUCUUCGCGCGGCCCGACGCGUUGAAGGGCACGCUGAAGGCGACGCUGCAGCACGUGCGGCCGACGGUCUUCUUCGGCGUGCCCCGCGUCUGGGAGAAGUUCGCCGAGGCGCUCCAGGCCGUCGGCGCGUCGACGACGGGCGUCAAGAAGAAGCUGAGUACGUGGGCGAAGAAGGUCGCGCUCGCGAAAUACCGCGAGGGCCGCGCGGACGCGGCCGCGGGCGCGUACGCGGGCCUCCUCGGCGGCGCGCUGACGGCCGCGGAGCGCACAUUCGCCAUGGUCAUCCUGAAAAAGGUCCACGCGGCCAUCGGCCUCGACCGCGCGCACUUCCUCUUCACGGGCGCGGCGCCCAUCGCGUCGUCGACGCUCGAGUAUUUCGGGAGCCUGGGUUUGGUCGUCAACGAGGCGUUCGGCAUGUCCGAGGUCGCGGGGCCCGCGGCCGUGACGCUCAACGAGUACUACGCGCCGGGCUACUGCGGGCCGGCGGUGCCGGGCGUCGAGAUCAAGCUGGACCACGUCGCCGGCCGCGACAAGCCGGGCGAGGGCGAGGUCUGCUUCCGCGGCCGGUCCGUCAUGCUGGGCUACCUCCGCGACGACGGCAAGACGCGGGAGGCCGUCGACGCGGACGGCUGGAACCACUCCGGCGACACGGGCGCCUUGGUGCCCUUCGGCGCCGGCGCCGCGCCCAUGCUCAAGAUCACGGGCCGCAUCAAGGAGCUGCUCAUCACCGCCGGCGGCGAGAACGUGCCGCCCGUGCCCAUCGAGGACGCGCUCAAGUCGCUGCUGCCGGGCGUGUCGACGGCCGUCGUCGUCGGCGACAAGCUCAAGUUCCUCUCGGUGCUCUUCACGCUCAAGCAGCAGCAGAACGACGCCACGGGCUCCUUCGACGACGUCCUCGUCGGCGCGGCGAAAGACGUGAACCCGGCGGUCACGUCCGCCAAGGACGCGGAGAACGACGCGGUCUGGCGCAAGGCGUGUCAAACGGCCAUCGACGCCUACAACGACACGGCCGUGUCGAGCGCGCAGAAGGUCCAGAAGUUCGCCAUCCUGCCUUUAGACUUCUCCCAGAACACGGGCGAGCUCACGCCGACGCUCAAGCUCAAGCGCGCGGCCGUCGUCGAGAAGUACGGCUUCCAGCUCAAGAAGAUCUAC